AUGACCGAAAGCUCCGCGACCAAGCCAGUCAAGGGAGAUGAGGGUCCGCGUGUAAAGAACGGACUGAAGCCGGAGAGAAACGGCUUGGAAAAGAGCCUCCACCGCUGCCAUGAGCGGCAGCCGAAGCACCACUGCCACCCCGAGGAGGAGGAGGUCCAUGCAGCAUCACAUGGUGACCUGUACAGCCGGCCCUUCGUCGAGUCUUUCGAGGAGACGCCCAUGCUGGUGGCAGUGUUCACCUACAUGAGCUACGGCAUCCUGACCAUCUUCGGCUACCUCCGCGACUUUCUCCGUCAUUGGAAGAUCGAAAAGCGCAACAUCGCCAGAGAGAAGGAGGAACAGAAGGACUUUGUGCCACUCUACCAGGAUUUUGAGAACUUUUACAACAGAAACAUCUACAUGCGUAUAAGAGAUAGCUGGAACAGGCCCUUAUGUAGCGUCCCGGGGGCCAAAAUGGACCUGCUGGAACAAGCCACCCACGACUACAACUGGACUUUUCAUUACACAGGCCGGGUGAUGCUGGAUGUGAUUAACUUGGGCUCGUAUAAUUACCUCGGCUUUGCUGACAACACAGGUCCGUGUGCUGACUCUGCAGCCGAGGUUACCAUGAAGUACGGCGUCGGAGUUGCAAGCACCAGGCAGGAGAUUGGUAACCUGGACAGACAUGAGGAGAUGGAGAAACUGGUGGCUAGGUUCCUGGGCGUGGAGUCCGCCAUGACGUUUGGGAUGGGGUUUGCAACCAACUCCAUGAACAUACCAGCACUGUCUGGCAAGGGCUGUCUGAUUCUGAGUGAUGAACUGAACCAUGCCUCACUGGUCCUGGGUGCCAGACUCUCCGGGUCCACCAUCAGAGUCUUCAAACACAACAAUAUGCAGAGCCUUGAGAAACUGCUGAGAGAGGCCAUCGUUCACGGGCAGCCCAGGACUCACAGACCAUGGAAGAAGAUCCUCAUUCUGGUAGAGGGCAUUUACAGCAUGGAGGGAAGUGUAGUGCGCCUGCCAGAAGUGAUUGCCCUGAAGAAGCGCUACCGGGCUUACCUUUACCUGGACGAGGCCCACAGCAUAGGGGCACUGGGGCCGAGAGGGAGAGGGGUGGUCGAUUACUUUGGCCUAGACCCCUGUGAUGUGGACGUCAUGAUGGGCACAUUUACCAAGAGCUUCGGUGCUGCAGGGGGAUACAUUGCAGGGAAAAGGGAGCUUAUUGAGUACCUGCGCUCCCAUUCCCACAGUGCGGUCUACGCCACCUCCAUGUCUCCUCCGGUGAUGGAGCAAAUCAUCACUUCUAUGAAGUGCAUUAUGGGAGAGGAUGGUACGACAAUAGGGUGUGAACGUGUGCGACAGCUGGCAAAGAACACCGUCUAUUUUCGCAAGAGGCUUCGAGAAAUGGGCUUCAUCAUCUACGGCAAUGAGGGCUCACCUGUCGUACCCAUGAUGCUCUACAUGCCUGCCAAGAUAGGAGCGUUUGCCAGGGAGAUGUUAAAGAGGAACAUCGGGGUGGUGGGCGUUGGCUUCCCCGCUACACCCAUCAUCGAGUCCCGGGCCCGCUUCUGCAUCUCAGCCGCCCACACAAAAGAAGUGCUUGAUACGGCGCUGAGUGUCAUCAGUGAGGUAGGAGACCUUCUUCAGCUCAAGUAUUCUCGACGCAAAAUACAGCCGUCUUUGGCCCGGUCCUUCGAUGAUAAUGUGUACGAGGACAUUGACGACUGAUGAACCACUCUGCUCCUAAAGUGGCGUGAACCAGAACGACCCCAGAAAACAUAAGACAGGUCAAGAUGGAUCACAAGUCUUCCACAAGGACCGAGAUGUGCACAGGUGCCCCUUGUCACUCGCUUGCCAUAAUGUAAUCCCCAACAAAAGGAAAACACUUAAAACUAUUGUCUUAUUCAACUUUGC